CAAUGCACGUGUGGAGAAUCCCAAAACCCGGACUGGAGUUUUCUCGCGGGAUUCCCUCUGCGUUGGACAAGCUCUGGCAAAAACUCGAUCAGGGACAUCACUGUAACAUUUACUGAGAUAGCAGCUGGAAUUUUAUUUACAGUAUUGAAGAACUCUGGUAUCCGUAAUCAUCAGAACUGAAGAUGUCAACUUUAUUUGGUGGGAAAUAUAUGGACCAGAACCAGAGGGCUAAGGAUGCUUUUGUCAGAGUGCGUAAGAGGGAUUUAGAGAAAUUAAUUACAGAAGUCAUGCAGCUCAGGGAGUUCCUGCCCAGAGUUCUGAAUGGUGAUCUGACUGAGAUGCUUCACAAAGCUCGAAGAGCAGAGACAAAGAAGGAACACCUUGAGCAGGAACAGAAUCGGCUGAGACAGGAAUGCUCACAUCUUCAGUCCCGGCUGGAUGCAGCACAGACUGAAUGCCAGAAAGAGAGAGAGGAGAAGCUGCUGCUGCGUGAGCAGCUGUGGCAGAGUGGAGCAGAGAUGCAGCAGCAGGCAGACUUCUGCUCCACCAUGGGAUCUGCAGCCUGCGGCCUGCUGUGGAGCUGCUCGUCCAGGGAGGAGACGGUGACCACCUGGCUCGCUGAUGGGAAGCUUCCCUCCUUCCUGGCUGUAGCUGUCCAGACUCUGGAGAGCUUUGUCAAGUCUCUGGAGGACGAGAUAAAAAUUCAGCCUGAGGACCACAAAUCCCAUGAGUACCAGUUUGUGUUGGCUCUGGUUGGGACGAUCACAAAUAUAGCGGCAGUAACAUGCGGGCGGGACUUCCUGUCUAGCUCAGGAAACAUCUUGCUGGACUUGCUGAUGAAACUGCUGCAGCAGAUGAAGCCCAGUGUCUGCCCUAAACUCAAAGUGUUGAUGCUGAUGACGUUGUAUAAUGUGAGCAUCAGCGUCAAAGGACUGAAGUACAUCACUGAAAAUAAAGACUUCAUUCCCCUCAUCUGGAUGCUGUUGGAUGCUGAGCACUGGGAGGUGAGUCUCCAUUGUCUACGUCUCCUCCAGUCGGUGCUGCUGGAGGAGGACGUGCUGCUCCUUCUCGGCUCUUCUUUGCUCAAUCCAGAACUCCGGGCUCGGGUCAGCCGGCUCACCUCCAGUAUGCAGCCGAGCCUAAGAGCAACUGCUCAGCAGACCUUGGAGGACCUGCAGGCCCUCCAAGGACCAGGGAGAUAAACCCAGAAGUGUGAAGUGUGGAUUCUGCAUUUUCAUCCGCUGAUGUCCUUCUGUCAGAUCUGAGCUCCAUGUGGAAGAUGAACAGAAAAUAGAGACCUGACAGUGUUCUUAAAGUCUAAUUAUUUUACACUGUUAUUGUUUCACUGUUAAACUGUUCAUGAUUUAGUCAGUCAGAUUUAUGAGACAUAAAGAUGAUGCUUACA